UGGUAUUCUGCUUUCAUCUGUAAGCCAAUCUGUAACUUUUUACGAGCUUACAGGAAGAAUGCGAUUCUGGACUUUCUUUCGGUGAUCUGUAGCUUACAGAAACCGUAAAUAUUUACGAGGACUCAAGAGGUGGUCGGAAGCCUAUCGAAUGAUAUAUUGUGAGGUUAUGUCGAAUGGUUUGUUUAUUUUCUGGUGAACAACUUUUUGAAAUAGAUUCAUAAUGAAUGAUAAUAAUAAUAUCGCUUUGUUUAUUGGGUUGUUAUUAGAAGAAAACCAUAACAGGAACUUUAUGAGAAUUGAAAGGAGAAGGUUGCGUGAUCAAAAGAAUCCUUUCGAAAUGCCGGAUGCUCAGUUUAUAAAAAUGUUCAGACUGAAGAAGCAGUGCACCAUAAACUUAAUAAAUGCUUUACAGCAAUUUUUACCCACAAAAAAUGCAAAUGCUAUUGCAUUACCCAAAAAAGUGUUGAUUACUCUCAACUUUUUGGCCACAGGGUCUUUCCAGAAUUCUGUAGGUUCCAAUACCUGGUUAUCAGCAAGUCAACCUUCAGUAAGUAGAGCGGUAAAUGAAAUUUGUUCUACAAUUGCUGAGUAUUUAUUACCCACUUGGGUUCAGUUUCCUACUACCGAGGAGUCAAUUAGACUGGUCAAACAGGGAUUCUUCUUAAAAUAUGGGUUCAGAGGUGUUUUAGGAGCAGUAGAUGGAACUCAUGUGGAAAGGGGGGAUGAUUCCACCAAAUAA